CGACAGGGUGUUUUCAAUUGGGUGAAGACCAAAGGCAGCGGGCGAGGAGGGCGGGGUGGGCAGGAGGCUGGCGGACAUGCCAUGCCGCUGCUCUUGAGAGAAGUGGUGGUGUGAGUGUACACUGUGGGCCGCCGACACCUGAAUGCCAGGUGGGUUGGACAGCGGGUGGACAGGCGGGGUGCCAGUGAAGUGCGAGGCGGAGAGCAUCCUUCGCCGUGAAAAUAAAACUCAAGGCGGGGCAGGGCUCUGGCAGGUCACCACCACCCGACAAGGAGGGGUCGCCCGCCCCCAGCAUCCUCCCAUUAAUUCCAUGAAGUACGUCGCCCUCCUCAGCGGCGGAAAAGACAGCUGCUUCAACCUACUCCAUUGCUUGAAAAAUGGCCACCAACUCGUUGCCGCUGCGACUCUUUCCCCAGAGUCUGGAAAAGAUGAGAUUGAUUCUUACCUGUAUCAGACCGUCGGUCAAGACGGGAUCGCACUGAUCGCAGACGCGCUCCGCGUACCCCUCUAUCGACGUGUCAUCUGUGGCCAUCCCCUCGAACAGGGCCCAGAGUAUGGCACGACGUCACCGGGCGGUUCUGGCACACCAGGCGAUGAAACCGAAGACCUUUAUCUGCUACUCAAGACCGUACUCGAACAUCACCCAGAUGUCCGGGGAGUCGCCGUCGGCGCCAUUCUCUCCAACUAUCAACGCGUACGCGUAGAACACGUUUGUCGCCGAUUUUCCCUCACCCCUCUCGCAUACCUAUGGCAGCGCAACCAAGUUGCCCUUCUCUCUGAAAUGCUUUCUGCCCAUCUCAACGCUGUCCUUAUCAAAGUAGCCGGCGCCGGCCUAAUCCCUUCUCAUCUCGGAAUCUCCCUCUCUGCCAUGCAUCCAACACUCCUUAAACUUCAUGCCAUGUACGGCACCCACCCAUGUGGUGAGGGCGGAGAAUACGAGUCGUUCACUCUCGACUGUCCUAGAAUAUUCCAAGGCAAAAUAAUACUCCAAGAAACAGAGAAGAUGGCAAGUAUGGAAGGUGAUGUAGCUCCUGUCGCGUAUCUCAGGAUCAACAGGGCAGAAGUCGUGCACAAAAACGAAGACGAUUUGUCCAUCGAAGCUAAGCAAGCAGACGUUCCCAUUCCUCCACUCUUGGAACCAUGUUUCCAGGAUGUUCGCAUGCACGUUGCACGAUCUCUUGGUUCUCCUCUUUCCCGUACUCUUCCCACGCACAUUACUCCCGCAGUCAGUCAGGCUAUAUCCCUCCCCCCAUCAAUUCGUACUUUCGGCCCCUGGAUCGCAGUUGGUAAUGUUCAUACAACCUCCGAGAAUGCCUCACAUUCUGUCGCCGAGCAAGUGACUCAAUGCUUCCAUAACUUGAAAGAUAUUCUGGCACGGUACACCACUUCCUCCCCGAGUGAAGUCCUUGCCAAGUCUGCCAUGAUCACGCUGUUCCUUCCUACAUUGGAUUCCUCUACGUUUUCUGCAGCCAACACUGCCUAUUCUGCUUUCUUUGGGGCAUCCCCUCCCGCGCGAGCAUGCAUCGCUGCCGGUGAAAGUGUGACCCUUGAGUGUGUAGCAUGGGCCCCCGAGAGAACCCCGGAAAAGAAUGCCCAUUUGCGUAACAGCUGGACACGCAGAUCCCUCCAUGUGCAGAGCCUAAGUUACUGGGCACCCGCAAAUAUUGGUCCGUACUCACAAGCCGUCAGUAUCUCACCAUGGACAUUUAUUUCGGGCCAAAUAGGUCUCUUACCGGCCUCCCUGACACUCCCUACAUCUUCUGACAUCCUACCACCAUAUUCCCCUGAUGUCGAAUGCGACCCUGGGAUUCGUUUGUGCCUAGAAACAUCUUCACUUGCUGUGGAAACAGCACUCGUCCUUCAACACACAUCAAGAGUUAUCCGGGCUGCGCCCAUCUCCAGUAGGAACGGGGACGAGGGGGGAUUUGGGGGAAGUGACGGCGCGGGUAAGGAGACCAAUGCAGAUGGACAGGGCGGACAUGUACAACUUGCGCUUUACUACCUCGUGGACGUGCAUGACUUGAAACACGUUCAAGCAGGUGUUGCAGCGGCAAACGACCCGCUAGUACCAACACUGUACGCCGUCGUCACAUCUCUUCCACGCGGCGCGCGUCUAGAGAAGGUGGUGGUGGUACACAGUGGGCGAUGCGCGUUAUCAGAUCCAGAUCACAUGGAUGAUGACGAAGAGAUCGUUGAGCGCACACCAGAAUUUCAUCAAGGCAACCUUACACCAACUGGCAACGACGGACAAUUAGAGUUGUACUGGGAAGUUUCUUAUUUUUCGCCUUUGGGUGAGGGUUGUGCAGUCCUGUUCGUUCGAUGCCUCUUGGGUGAGGCAUCUCCAUCGGCUGUCAUAGCCGAAGCGAUAGAAGAUGCUGCGAAAAGGCUAAAGUCAGUUCCUGCACUCUCAUCCUUCCUCACGAGGACACUGGUAUCCAAGAUAUUCGUCCGACCGGGUAUCGAGCCAAAUAAGUUCCUUCCGUUACUUAGGGCGUUGUUUGGCAACCAAAUGCCUGCGUUGACGGUCGUUCCUUCGCAGAGCGUCGCUUCACGAUAUGAAAGGGGUUGGGAUUGGGGAUUCACGUUGAUGAGAGUUUAAGCGUCAAUGGUCCCAAAGUAGCGGUCGUGCGCCUCAUGUAUUGCAAAAUUCAACCCAUACAUAACAUGCAAAUGUGUAUUACCCAAUUAUCCA